GUGCCUGACAGCGGACGCGCGGUGUGGCGCACAGAGCAGGCAGCAGACAGACAGACAGGCAGCGGAGUUGGUACGAACAUCCUCGACUUUCUCAAACCAAACCAAAAACACCUCAGCUGACCGCUCUUCAGCUGCCCCGCUAACACAUUUGCCUCGGACCUAACGCUGUUUGGGAUUUACGUCGGAUUUAGCGUCUGAUCGCUCCGGAGAAGAUGACUAAAUGUGAAGCAAACAGCGCAGGAGAAAGUGUGCCUUGUUUGGAGCUGAACGGGUCGUGUGCCACAACAUAAAACUCAAACCAAGGCCAGCAGAAGCCUGUAGCACUAGCUAGUUAGCUUGUUAGCUAACAUUAGCCUGCUAAUGUUACAGGUGUUUAGGCAGCAAAUAACCAAACAUAACUUGUAGCUGUAGUUAGCUGGCAACACGCUGGGUCCCCAUGCCGUGACUUUAUUUUGAAGUUAAUGUGCCUGUUAUAAGCUUUUAGCAAAGAAGUACAACACGUAGCAACAUUGUUAUUAGCCAUUAGCGCUUCACUUAGCUGCUGUCCCGUGUUUACAGCAGGCUAGCCUCACUAGCCAAAAAGCUAGCGUCGUAACUUUAUAGCUACAUGUGCUUAUUUUCUGAUGUAGCUAAUAUUUUGCUGUGUAACCUGACUCAACCCGAGACUAGCCGCCUGGCUUUGGGAUACUCUUAAUAAUUGCAAGUGAGCCAGUGUGACUUUUCCACCGUGCCUGUCCUGGACUGACCCACCCACAAGGACUAUCUAUCCGGGGCCGAUGCUGACAGUUCAGCCCGGAUCACGGCAACGCCAGGAGCCGCUACAGCAAUGCAGCCCCAGCAGAUAUACGACUUUUCAAGUGACGAGAACAGUCACAAAUGGAGAGGCCUCUUCGUGCAAGCUUUACGAAAGGUGCAGAAGCAGGUCCACCCAAACCUCCAGGCGAAGGAGGACGCCCUGCAGCACAUCGAGGAGCUGAUCCUACAGCUGCUCAACAUGCUGUGUGUGGCCCAGCCUCGCUCGGUGCAGGACGUAGAAGAACGUGUCCAGAAAACCUUCCCCCACCCUAUUGAUAAGUGGGCGAUCGCCGACGCCCAGUCAGCCAUUGAGAAACGCAAGAGGAGAAACCCCUUACUUCUACCAGUUGACAAGAUUCACCCAUUACUCAAGGAGGUUUUGGGCUAUAAAGUAGACUACCAUGUUUCCCUGUACAUUGUGGCCGUUCUUGAAUACAUAUCAGCAGACAUACUGAAGCUAGCAGGCAACUAUGUCGGCAACAUUCGGCACUAUGAGAUCAGCCAGCAGGACAUCAAGGUGUCCAUGUGUGCAGAUAAGGUGUUGAUGGACAUGUUUGACCAGGAGGACGACAUUGGUUUGAUGUCUCAGUGCACAGAGGAGCCGUCAUCCUCUGGGGAGCUGACGUAUGACGACCUCGUGAGGCUGGAAAUCGCAGAAGAGCGUCAGUAUCUGCGAGAACUCGACCUCAUCAUCAAAGUGUUUCGCCAUCACUUCCUGUCCAACCCAAAAAUCUUCACACCUCAGGAUGUGGAGGUGAUCUUCAGUAACAUCCUAGACAUCCAUGAGCUGACGGUGAAGCUGCUCGGACUGAUCGAGGAUGCAGUGGAGAUGACAGCUGAUGGCAGCCCUCAUCCGCUGGUGGGCAGCUGCUUUGAAGACCUUGCAGAGGAGCAGGCGUUUGACCCUUAUGAGACCCUGUCUCAGGACAUCCUCAGCAAGGAUUUCCACGAGCACUUCAACAACCUGAUGGCACGGCCGACUGUCGGCCUCUACUUCCAGUCAGUUGCAGAAGGUUUCAAAGAAGCAGUCCAGUACGUCCUUCCACAACUGAUGAUGGUCCCAGUUUAUCACUGUAUGCACUACUUUGAGCUACUACAGCAACUUCAGGAGCGGAGUGAAGAUGAGGAUGACAGAGAAUGUCUGAAACAGGCCAUCACGGCACUGAUUAACCUUCAGUGCAGUGUGGACCGGAUCUAUGGCAAGCACCAGCCUCGCCGUAAACCAGGGGAGUCCAUGUACCGCCUUUACAGCCGGCAGGUCCGCAGCAAACAGCUCGCCAUCAAACGCAUGAAUGAGAUCCAGAAAAGCAUAGACGGCUGGGAGGGUAAAGACAUCGGUCAGUGCUGCAGCGAGUUCAUCUUGGAGGGGUUGCUUUUGAGAGCUGGUGCUAAACAUGAAAGACACAACUUCCUAUUUGACGGUUUAAUGAUCAGCUGCAAAGCCAAUCAGAGUUCACGACUCCCUGGCUCGGGUAGCGGGGCGGAGUAUCGCCUCAAGGAGAAGUUUGUGUUGAGGAAGAUCCGCAUCGUGGACCGCGAGGAUUCAACAGAGCUGCGACACGCCUUUGAACUGAUAGGAAAAGAUGAAAACUGUGCGGUUUUCUGUGCACGGACAGCUGAGGAGAAGGCGGCGUGGAUGGCAGCGCUGGUGACUCUGCAGUACCGCUCCACAUUGGACCGAAUGUUGGACACGGUGCUGCAGCAUGAGGAACAGGCGCAUCCCUUAAGACUGCCCUCCCCUGAGGUUUAUCGCUUUGCUGUGCAGGACUCUGAGGAGAAUAUAGUGUUUGAGGAUAAAGUGCAGAGCAAAACAGGCAUCCCCAUCAUUAAAGCCGGCACCGUGGUCAAACUCAUAGAGAGGCUCACCUACCACAUGUAUGCAGAUCCUAACUUUGUGAGGACGUUUCUCACCACAUACCGAUCAUUCUGCAAACCACAGGAGCUCCUCACCCUGCUCAUAGACCGGAUUGAGAUUCCUGAGCCAGAACCGACUGAGGAGGAUCGACAGGCUCUUUGGAAUGGAGACCAGCCGAUGGCGGCUGAGCUACAGAGAUUCCGGAAGGAGUACGUACAGCCGGUCCAGCUCAGGGUUCUCAAUGUUUUCCGCCAGUGGGUUGAACAUCAUUUCUACGACUUUGAAAACGAUCCAGAACUGAGGACCCAGUUAGAGGAAUACAUCACCAGCAAAAUCCAACUACGAGGGAAAUCGAUGAGAAAGUGGGUCGAGUCCAUCAAUAAGAUCAUCCGGAGGAAGCUGCAGACGCAGUCGAACGGAGUCAGUCAUAACAUCACCUUUGAGAGCCUACCUCCUCCCAUUGAGUGGCACAUCUGCAGAGCAGGACAGGUGGAGUCCUUCGACCUCAUGACCCUUCACCCCAUAGAGAUCGCCCGUCAGCUCACACUGCUCGAAUCAGAGCUCUACAGAGCUGUUCGGCCAUCUGAACUCGUUGGCAGUGUCUGGACCAAAGAGGACAAAGAGAAGAAUUCACCAAACCUGCUCCGCAUGAUCCGCCACACCACCAACCUCACACUGUGGUUCGAGAAGUGUAUUGUAGAGACGAUGAACCUGGAUGAACGGGUGGCGAUAUUGUCCAGGGUCAUAGAGAUUCUGCAGGUUUUCCAGGAGCUCAACAACUUCAACGGAGUGCUGGAGGUGGUCUGUGCAAUCAAUUCUGUGCCGGUCUACAGGCUCGACCACACAUUUGAGGCAAUACCAGAAAGGAAAAAGAAAGUCCUGGAAGAAGCUGUAGAACUGAGCCAGGACCAUUUUAAGAAAUACUUGGCUAAACUUAAGUCAAUAAACCCACCCUGUGUGCCUUUCUUUGGUAUCUAUUUAACCAACAUCCUAAAGACAGAGGAAGGCAACCCAGACUUCCUUAAACGCCACGGCAAAGAGCUGAUUAACUUCAGCAAGAGGAGGAAAGUAGCAGAAAUCACAGGAGAAAUCCAGCAGUACCAGAACCAGCCCUACUGUCUGAAGGUGGAGCACGACAUCAGGAGGUUCUUCGAAAACCUGAACCCCAUGGGAAACAGGAGCGAGAAGGAGUUUUCGGACUAUCUCUUUAACACUUCUCUGGAAAUUGAGCCACGGAAUUGCAGGCAGCCUCCUCGAUUUGCCAGGAAGACCGGCUACCCUCUGAAAUCUCCGGGGAUCCGGCCUGUGCGAACGUCUACCUCUGGCACCCCGAAGGGCCAUCCUGUCCCGCUGGAGAGGGAGCCCCCGCAUAAGAUCACCUUUCGAAGCAUCGCCGAGACUGAGCCGGAGACGCCGGCAUCAGCCUCGGUGCCUACGUCUCCGAACACGCCAACUCCUCCACAGUCGGCCUCCUCCGACCUCAGCUCAGUCUUCGCAGAGCACGACCUCAGCAGCUCCUACGGCGGUAGUAACUCCAUAUUUGCUCAAGUUUAUCUGCCGCCUUCAAAGCAUCAGUCCGUGUCCUGCAGCAGCCUCCACCAGCUUGGAGAAGAGCCGCUGAAGCCGCCUCCUCUGCCACCGCGAAGGAAAGACGCCAUGUCUGAAGCCAAACUGACCAUGUCCGACAGCCCCCCCGCCAUCCCCCCCAGGCUGCCCCCUCCUCUGCCCAGGAACCAGCCUCGACCACUCAUCUACAACGGCCCCAUUGACGGCCCCCUGCCCAGCCCACCUCCCCCUCCACCUCGUGACCCGCUCCCCGACACGCCGCCCCCGGUACCCCAGCGUCCGCCGGAGAUCUUCAUCAACUACCCCCUCAACCUGCAGCCGUCCCCCGUGGGCCGUUACCACUGGGAGUUCGGCAGCAGCUCGCCCAGUUCGCCCAACACCCCGCCUAGCACGCCGUCGCCCCGCAUCCCUCGGCGGGGCUGCCCGCUCAGCGCCAGCCAGAACAGCCUGUGCCCCCUACCCGUCUCCAUCACUGCUCCACCUGUCCCGCCCCGCCACAACUCCAGCCCACAACUCCCCAAACUCCCACCAAAGACUUACAAAAGGGAGCUGCUUCAGCCGCCGCUACAAGCCCUCUCAUUGGUGGAGAACACAGACAGCAGCCAGUGAGCGACGUGCAGAUUUCAAACUACAGUGGACUGGAUUAAAGCUACUGAUCACAAAAACUAACACACUCUCGACUCGACCGACCGCCCUCUGCAUUGACCAAUCACUCCCCCACUGUGCCUCUCAGGGGAUCAGUAGCUCCGCCUUCAUCAUAAACCCUCUGUGCCAAUGAGAAACCCACCAGUGUGCCAGCUAACGAACACCAAGGAGCGUGUGUGCUCGUGUUGAAACCGAGCACACGCACUGUUCAGAGCAGGACCCACUGCUCCUCGGACAAGUUCUCACCACUCACACUCAAUGGGGUUAGUUCAGAUUUUUGACAGCGGAGUUGUGUGAGGUACGUUUCCAUGGUCAGUGUAUUUACUACAGUAGAAGGUAUCAAUAAGGGGGCAGCAGCAAAGCAUCAUUAAACUAUUAAAAAAGAAAACAACAGUAGUUCAUCUGUUCACUGCAUUUUGAGUAUUUUCACAGCUCUACCUUGUUGUCCAGUAUUUAGACUGUGACAGCUCGUUGGCCACAGAGCUGAAAAAAUGCACAAAUGACUUCUAGCACUGUUUUCAAGAAAGCAUCUGUGCAAAGCAAGGCGCGACUGUGACCGCUGUGUCGCUGCUAUCAUGAUUGUAUUUUGUCAGCAGCAGCAAAAUAAUGUUACACAAACUCCUACAGGCAGAAGCAGACCAAAACUGAACACUUUAACGCUUAAGACUCACUACAGCCUUUCAUACACUUGCCACUAGAGUUCAACUAGUAUUGAAUUUGUAAAAGUCAACAUAGUAAUAAUAGUUUGGAGCAGGAAAAGCCGAUAUUUAAUCUGCCUAGACUAAUUCAAACUGCAACUUAUGAACAUCUGCGUCAAAUAUGAUGAAUAAAUAUGGAGCUCACUGUCAAAUUGUAAAAAAAAAAAAUAAAAUGGAACCUAUAAUCACUUUUUUUUUUUUUUUUUUGCGGUUUUUCAGUCGAGAAGCCAGAUAUUCACCGUCAGCUACUACCGAAGCCAGUUUCCACCAAUACUGAUAGUUUGCAAAACAUUAGUCUGUCUCUGAACCCAUGAUGCAACGCUCUUUGUACCCAUUUAAAUGACAGGACUAGGAAAGGUUUGAUGGUACUAUUAUUUUACUUAAGACCUCAGAAUAUAGCUGGGCGGUCCUAUGAGGGAGUAUGUCUUUACUUCUUAAUUAAGAUAUUCACCGUAGAACGCCUUCUAAACAGGAUGUUAUCUGUUUUAUUUCCUACACUGACUGUGGAUGUGCACCACAUACAUCCCCACGCACUGAACUAACCCUUUACCGUACAGAUUUCCUCACAUCCCGCUCCGGUAUCAUGGAGCUGCUGAAUGUGGGGGGGCCUUGGACUUUGUAGCCUCAACUGUCAUGCUUCGUUUCUUCAGGCAUUGACGUCUCGUGGAGUCCUGCUGCAGUUCACAGAUUUUCUAAAACUUCUCUUCGAUGAUCAACAUGUAGCUCUUUGUCGGUGGGUGUGGGCAGCAGGUGUGAACAGACAUUUCCAUUGACUUGUUUUUCCUACAAACUGAGUUAAAAAAAAAAAAAAAAAACAGUUGCCAAAGUCUUAUUUUAUGCAGGGGGAUAAGGGAUUUUCUUUUUUUUUUAAACAAAUGUGACAUUAAAGCAACACAAAAGGAGGCGACACUGAAUCCCCCCCCCUCCCUUCUACUACCAAGUAUCUCACUGUGACUGUAAAAAAGUCAAACCUUCUGACUGUUUUUGUCCGCAGCCACAAAACGUUGCCUUUAAACAGCAGUGACCUCUGACCCCAGGCUCCAGUCGUCUCGGCAGGAUGGGAAAAAAAAGAAAAACAAACUUAGCCGGGAACUCUCCGUUUGCACAUCGAGCUUGGAGGUUUCAGCAGGUCCGAUUAGACUCUUAAAACGUCCCUCUGGUGUUUAUGACAGAGGGACGUCUGCCACGAUAUCAAACAGCACCGAUCCAGGACGAAGACCGGGACCGAGACACUUUUACUCUCCAGGUCUUCAAAAGCUGAUGUCUUAACCGAUCCCUGUUUAGACGUGCGCUGCUGUCUGACACUGUGCUCUUCCCCGAUAAAACCCCUCAUGAUCAACUGUUCUUCAUUGGUAUUAAAACUCAGCACUGGAUGUCGCAACGCUGUGGAGACGGUUUCCUGCCGAACGUCAAACAAGCAACGCAGUUUUUUACGAAUACAUGACGAUUCGCUAACAAACGGUGUGGCUUGCAAAUACAAAACAGGAAUAACCGAUUAAUGCACUUUGUUUAUAGAUACAGAACCUACUUAUCCAGCAAAUACACAAUGUAUUUCUAAUACAACAGCAUGUCUGAUAGUACACCGAUGACACCUACUCAUGAUUAUACGUUACGUCUCAUCACUUUCCAUGAUUAAAUUUGUGCUCAUACAUAGCGUGAUGAAGCACAGUUCAGGUAUUGUUUUUUUCCUAAUCAAGAUUUCUUUGCAUACAGAAAUGGAAUAUUAAAACUAAAUGUGCAAAAGUAAUUAGUAUCAGCAUCAGCUAAUAUACACUUUUUUUUCUUGAGUAUUGCCACAGAUUGUUAAAAUCAGUGCAUCCCUGAAAAACUACUUCAAAUUAUUUUUAAAAAAAGUCAAAUCUUUUUGUUGCCAGUUUCCUCAAAAGUAAAAGUUGUAGUUUAUCCUCCACAACAGCAGGUCUCACUCAGAUAAAGCACUAAUGUUAAGUAAAUAACGCAUCUUAAGUUUAUUAAGGUUCAAAAUGUAUUUUAUUAUUACACAGUUUUGUUGAGUCCUUUAAAGUGAAUGAGCUUAUUCAUUAUUUUGCCAGAUUAUUGAUUUCUUUAAUAAAUUACCAUCUUAUUAACAGCGCAACAUACAAGGGUUUAUUUCACAAUCAUCAAUUUACUAAUGUGAAUAAUCUGACCUUGGCCUUAAAAAAAAAAAAAAGAGCAGAAGAGGAAGUCGUAGCUGUUUUUGACAUGAUUAAUAAAUAAAUAUGUUGUGUGUUUAUUGGACAGGUGGGUUUUACAUUUGCUAAACAAACUGUAUUAGUUUGUCCGUCAGGUUUUAUAUCUGUAAACCACACUGUUCGUCGUUGAAUCUCACAGCAUUUGUAAAACACAGUACGUUUAUUUGUUGGGGGAGUUUUUUUGGCAGGAAAUAACCUCCAUACACCUCCCACCAAAGCUGGCUCAGCUCCCCCCAGUGGCUGCUCCAAGUACCUACAAAAACCCUGAAAAAGAGGAACUUUUUAACUUCUUUCUUUUUUUUUUCUUUUUUUUUUUCUUUUUCUGCUUGAAACAUUUUGGUUUCACUUUGGAAAGACUGAAAUAAUCCAUGCAUCAUGCUCAGAUGUGCCUUUUAUUUUGUUUUCUACUUUACAGAAUAAGCAAAUGGUGUCUAAAAUGCUAAAAAAUAAAGUUGCCUAUGUAAUGUUUAGAACAAAGCUAUACACUAUGAAAUUGUACAUGUUUGUGGAUACUGUGUAUAUAUAACAUGUAUACACUAACUAAAUAAUUUGUAUAAAGUGACUUUUUUUUCCCCUGUAUUGUACCCUCAUCCGCAUCUGUUCAGUCAAAUAUUGCCUAAUAAUCCAAUGCUGCUACAGUCGGAUAAAAAAAAACAAAAACAAAAAAAAAACAACACCCAACUAAAAACAGGUCACUGUCUCUAAUUUACUUACAGACAAUCUCCAGUUUAAACACUGGGAGUAUUAACUGAGGAAAGCCAUGUUUUCUGCCCCUUAGCUGUUUUAAAGCAAUGAAAUAUACAGUUGAACAUGCCAAGCACUUACUUAGACAUGUGCUUCACUUUGUACAUCCUACUAAUUGCCUUUUGAAAGACUUUUUGAUGCUAACACUCAUCAAACGGAGGUUGUAUUAAGUUUGCAGCUGAAUAUAUCCCGUCGUAUAUUCGUUUGCAGGUAUUUGAGGAGCAUAGUGAAGAAUUGGACAUUUUCUGAGAAACACACUUUGUGCACUUUAGGCUGUACUGUUGAAGAGCCGCAGAUGUCAUAGGUCACAUGGUCCUAUGCAGCUGUUAAACUCACUUUCUACAUGGAUCAGGGCAGAAAAACACACAGUCUACCGCCUCACGUUUACCCCACGAGUCGGGCGUUCGUCAAAGAAAAACUGACUAAAGAUUAAACCUGAAGCUGAAGUCGGAGGUUUUCCAGGCAGCUGAAGUCCAACCGCUUCACUGUCUUUGCUCCUGUUCUCGUCCUAAAUCAACAAUAAAAUCCCAAAUAGUCAGUAUUGAUGGGGUUAAUUUAAGUUUUUUUGUUUUCUGUAUUUGUUUUUGGUUUUUUUCUUUAACCCCAGUACGACAGAUUAACAGAUCGGUUUUCCUCCGGUGGCACUGUAACAGCUUGAUCCAGCAGUCGGUUUAUUUGAUGGUAUGUGGCCUUUUAACUGCUUUGUAUUAAUGGUCUUGAUGAGAUUAAUAAAUCACCCAGUCUUAUUUUGUACUGAA